CGAAGUGCAGUGAUGGUAAGCAAGUUACCUGCUCCAUUUGUGGAGCAGUCCUUAGUUUCCACUACUCCACUUCCUCGCUAAGCACUCACUUGAAACAAGUCCAUAAGAAGGAACCGAUUCGUGGUGGUGGCAUGUAAGUACAAAUAAAGAAAAAUAUAAGUUAUAAGUAAAAUAUAGAGCACAAGCUUGUUACACAUAUGUAGAACACCGGACACGAAUAUCGAUGCAACAAGUGGUGAAUGCGUUGAAACGCAGGCGAGCACCUCGGGUGGCCGUAAGAGAAAAAAAGCACGACACCGUUCAUGACUGCACAUUUGAACGUCAGGAAUUGAUAUCUCGUGGAGUGGCACGCCUAAUCGCAAGUAACAUGUUACCAAUCUCCUUCCUUUCCUCUGAAGGCUUUCGCGACUUUAUGAAGUUAUUGGAACCAGGAUACAAAGUUCCCUCUCAACAAAGUAUACUCUCACGCUUACAAUUGUUUUAUAAUGACGUAAGAGAAAAAAUUGCAAACGAUUUGGCGGAGGUAGAAAGCGCAUCAAUUUCAGUGGACGAAUGGACAUCAAGAACUCAAGAUUGUUAUUUAUCAGUCGAAGCCCAGUAUAUUGACAAAAAUAGUGAAUUGUGCAAAGUUACACUUUGUAACGAGCAACUAGAAGACCGACCAAAUGCUGAAAACAUUGCAUCCGCAAUAGAAGUAGUUUUAGCCGAUUGGAACAUUUCCGACAAAACGCAAGCGAUAACGCACGACAGUGCAUCAGUCAUGAAUGCAGCAGCGCAACAACUUUUUAAUAUAGGGGACAGCAUCAAGUGCAGCGCUCACCUUUUGCAGCUUGUGACGCAUUAGCAGCUGUACCUGAUUACGAUAAAAUUUGCAAAAAAGGACGAAAUUUAACAGCACAUUUUCAUCGCUCAAAUAUUGCCAUAACUGCACUAGUAAACCGCCAAGUACAGUUGGGGAUAAAGGAAAAUCGACUCAUACAAUGCUGCGAAACACGUUGGAACUCCAAAUAUUACAUGUGUGAGAGGCUGCUUUUGAAUCGAAAUGCAAUCUGCCUAGUUUUAUCAGAUAAAACCGUUACAAAAACUUGCGAUGCGCUGAGGCUAGAAAUGCAAGAGAAGGAGUGGGGUGAA